AUGGACGUCACCAUCCAGCACCCUUGGUUCAAGCGCGCCCUGGGGCCCUUCUACCCCAGCCGACUCUUCGACCAGUUUUUCGGCGAGGGCCUUUUUGAAUAUGACCUGCUUCCCUUCCUGUCUUCUACCAUCAGUCCCUACUACCGCCAGUCCCUCUUCCGCACGGUGCUGGACUCUGGAAUCUCCGAGCUCAUGACCCAUAUGUGGUUUGUAAUGCACCAACCACAUGCUGGAAACCCCAAGAACAACCCCAUCAAGGCAAGUGCCAUGGCAGAGGUCCGAUCUGACCGGGAUAAGUUUGUCAUCUUCUUGGACGUGAAGCACUUCUCUCCUGAGGACCUCACUGUGAAGGUACUGGAGGACUUCGUGGAGAUCCAUGGCAAGCACAACGAAAGGCAGGAUGACCAUGGCUACAUCUCCCGUGAGUUCCACCGCCGCUACCGUCUGCCUUCCAAUGUGGACCAGUCCGCCCUCUCCUGCUCCCUGUCUGCGGAUGGCAUGCUGACCUUCUCUGGCCCCAAGGUCCAGUCCGGCUUGGAUGCUGGUCACAGUGAGAGGGCCAUUCCUGUGUCACGGGAGGAGAAGCCCAGCUCGGCCCCCUCGUCCUAAGCAGCCUUGCCUUGGUUGUCCCCUGAGGCCCCUGACCCAGGGGCCACAGCAGAGUCUGCCUUCCCGCCUUCCUUUCUUUCUCUUUGUUCCCUUUCCAUUUUCUCAGAGGGUUGAGGGUUUGAGAGAGUGGCUUAGAGA